AACUGCUUUCGUAGAAAAAGAUCAAAGAGAUGGCGCUUAUCCACUGUUUCAAAAUUUUAGUUCUAGUGUGCCUAAUGGUUGGUACUUCAGUGGCUCAGGUCAUUUCACUAGGCGACUGUCCAGUACAUCCGGUAGUGCAAAACUUUGAUGUGGCAGCUUACUUGGGCAAAUGGUACCAGAUUAGCCGGUACGAUCAGACCUUCGAGCGUGGCGGUGAGUGCAGCAUUGCGCAGUACUCUCUAAACGAGGACGGAUCGGUUCUGGUAGACAACCGAAUGCUAGUUCCACCGGAAACUGAGUUUCGAGUGGAAAUUGGACAGGCCUUCCUAUCGUUCCCGGACGAAGAACCUCUUCAGGCUAAGUUGAACGUUACCUUUCGUGGCAUACCCCCAAACGUAUCAAACUAUUGGGUAUUGGAUACGGACUAUGAAAGAUUCGCAUUUGUAUGGAGUUGUUCAUCGGUUAGAGACAAUAUAAGAGCAGAAUACUACUGGCUGCUCUCAAGAACAGUGCCCUUACCGGAAAGUGUAAAGGAUCGUGUGGAAGAGUUGACAGAUUUAUAUCUGGAUCGGAAUUUCAUUAGACCCACGCGGCAUGAUUUGGAAGAUUGUGUAAACUAGGACCUGAAGUCUUAGAAACUUGGUGACGGGACUGCCGCUCAAUGAUACUUAACUGCGAUAUUGAACACAAUUGGAAGUGUAGUAAUUUACAAAAAAUUCAAAACUUUCAAAUCCCUGUUUUAUAUAUGAAGAAAAAAAAUCCCUGUUUUCUUAAAUGAUACGAAUUAUUCACAUCAAAUAAACU